AUGGAGUUCACUAGACACCCGAGCGUGAUACAAGAUGAAUUGAAUCAAGUUGAUCGCCUGAAACACGAAUUCAAGCAACUUGAUUGCCUGAAAGAUAAAUUGAAUCAAGUUGAUCGCCUGAAACACGAAUUCAAGCAACUUGAUUGCCUGAAAGAUGAAUUGAAUCAACUUGAUCUCCUCAAACACAAAUUCAACCAACUUGAUUGCCUGAGAGAUAAAUUGAAUCAAGUUGAUCGCCUGAAAAACAAUUUCAACCAACUUGAUCGCCUGAAACACGAACUCAACCAACUUGAUGGCCUUAAAGAUAAAUUGAAUCAAGUUGAUCGCCUGAAACACGAAUUCAAGCAACUUGAUUGCCUGAAAGAUGAAUUGAAUCAACUUGAUCUCCUCAAACACAAAUUCAACCAACUUGAUUGCCUGAGAGAUAAAUUGAAUCAAGUUGAUCGCCUGAAAAACAAUUUCAACCAACUUGAUCGCCUGAAACACGAACUCAACCAACUUGAUGGCCUUAAAGAUAAAUUGAAUCAAGUUGAUCGCCUGAAACACGAAUUCAAGCAACUUGAUUGCCUGAAAGAUGAAUUGAAUCAACUUGAUCGCCUGAAACACAAUUGCAACUAA